AUGUCUGCUCAGAAGUCUUCUCUGAAGAAGGCGCUUUCUUCUACAUCCCCCUCCACUAUUGUACCAUACAAGCUGCUGGAGACAACGAUGCCAAAGCUCAAGAUUAAGAGCGAGACAAGCCCGGAGCAGUCGCUCUCGACCACGUCUUCGAAGCCAAGAGGAGCGAUAGCAACGCUAUUCGCAGCCCCACCAGCUGACCGCAAGAGAGAUGGUGAUGCUCCACGCCCUCCGACCAAGUAUACACCGCGACCUCUGCCUUUGAGAGCCUACCAGGAUGCGUAUAAACACACGCAAGAUCAAUCUGCUCUAGCGAAGGUCAAGAGCGAGCCCAACAACAUCGAGAACAGUGUUUUCGCCGUGCCCACGCCGGCUGCAGAUCCAGACCUUCUGCCACGAGGUAACACGCUUGUUGGGGGGCGCUUUGGUACUCAGGCUCCGCCAGUGGCAUUGUCUCUUUCGUCUCGUCCGGUCUCGGCAUCAAAACAAACCGCAAUUUUCACCUACCCCCAUCACAACUUCUUGGCCAACUACUUCACACCGCGUUCCAAUCAGUUUUUGGUAAAUCACUGCACAGUUCCAACGCAUACGAAAACAGUCCAGCGAGCCGCAAGCAUGGACAGCUUCGGUUUCGGCAGCGGCGAUGGGUUCGGCGGAGGCGGUGGCAUGGACUUCAACGGUCUGGGCACCUACACAGGUAUUCAAGAUCAGAUGCCCCAGAUGGUGACACUGCCUCUGGAGGAGGUCCAGGAGCUCCACCGUGAAGUGCAUGUGCAGAAGGACGUCGUGAGCAGGCUCUUCGACCUGAACUCGCAGUUAAUCACGAGGGUGAACAUCUUGGAGACACGCGUCGGGCAGCUUGAGGAAAACAACGCGCCGUUCCACACUUUACCAAACUCCAACAUUGGUGCACCUUUUGCCGCCCCAAUGAACGCUAGCGGGCUCCUCGAUCCUCGCAGUACCAAGGCACUUCCCUCCAAGGUGACCCGGAAGCAAGCCACGAGAGCUUCCGCGAAGCGCCCUGUUGCAGUGGCAUUCACCGCAGAAGACUCUGGCAAUCCAGGACGUACGAAGUCACGUAAGAAGCUUCAGCUCCAGAUUCCUGAGGGCGUGCCUCCAGCUGCGCCUGGCAUGGGUAUACCCACCCCGAUGCUUUCAGUCAGUGACCCCUCUAACCUCGCGCUGAACUUGAUUGACACUAUACAGGCAUUUCAUACAGCACCCCCGCCAACUCUGGUGCCUUCCUUCCCUAACACUCCGCGUACACCAUACACUCCAGGUAGAAUUGGCCCCCCAGACUCUUACAAGAAGACAACCACAUCCAUCAACAAGCGCGAGAUCCACAACCUCAACAAAUCCAUACCACCCGCACACGUUCAGCUUCCUAUGGUACCGCUUACCGAUACCGAGGUGAUCGUCUACUUCUUCAAUUCGCUAUCGAAGCCCAGCGUCUCCCUCCGGCUGUACUCGCGCGGCUGGGGACCGGCUUCGAUCGUCCAGUGCUUGAACGAAUACCGCGAGGUCGAUCCACCUUACCUGCGCAAUACGUGCUCUGUAAAGUGUACGACCGCCAUAAAGCUGGGAAGGAAGCUGUACGGCGCCGAGUGGGAAGAUGAACACCGUGCUGUCUUUGCAGAUGCAGAAGACGCCAAGGCAACGGAUCUCAUUCGCGCCGAUGAGAACGUUACCGUCGACUACUUCGUCCGCGCUCUGGGCGUCAAACUCAAGAAGCAUCCCAGUGGACAAGAGGGUGGUAUCUUUGCCGAGUGCGUCAAGUACUGUAUCGAGAAAAAUGUUGCUUACACCAUGUCGAGCGUUUUCCAGUUGGCCAUGGACCUACAGAAUGGUAAGGUUCCCCAACAUCCAGCCUCACCAGCCCUUUCGGAUACGGUCGCUCCUCCAAGGACUCUGCAGGCCGCUAAGGACGACGACGAGACCGACGGUGAAUGGAGUGACGACGAGGCUCACGGUAGCCCUUCCCCGCUCGCCCAGCGUUCAUCGUUCCUCGGACGCACGGCUGGUCUGAUCAACUUCACUGCCGGCAACACUCAGCACGAGGACCACGAUGAGAAGGGGGCCUGA